AUGGGGGAUGUGGUUGGCUGUGCAGGUGGAGUUGACGAUCGUUACCCCGCAUGCUGGGGUCCGGAGUUGAAGAUUUUAAUGUGCCUGUGCCUGGCGGUACUUGGCAUAUAUGAUGUUGUCUAGGUGAAUUUUAUCGUCAGAUGCAACGGUGUGUACUUGCAUGGGUAUUGGAACUCUGUUACUCGUAUUUGGGGAAAUUUCUGCAGAUGAGUGAGGGGGCAAGACCGUCAGAGUGGGUAAAGUAGUUGGUGGCUAUGGGUACUAUAUAAAGGUUACCUCGGUGCACUUCAGUCGUGUUCGUGUCAAGGUGACUUAUCUUCCAUUGCGUGUGUCUGAUUGAAACUCUGCAGUUGCAGUCGAGACAUUGCAAUCAUGAGGUUCUUACAUGCUUUCACGACAGUUGCUUGUGCGGCUCAAGCUGCAGCAUUGUCGAUUAAUAUUGGUGGUGAGAAAAUGGUCGUGGAGAGAGAUGCUGGGCUUCAAGAUGUUGUAAGUUUUUGCUCCUCUUUUAGAUCGGCCAAUGAACCAAUUGAUGGUCAAUUGAGCUCUAGAAUGAACAUUACUAAAACUACUCCAACAGGUCACAUAUGAUGAACACUCUCUCAAAGUAUACGGAGAACGUAUAUUCAUCUUCUCGGGAGAGUUUCAUCCAUAUCGACUUCCAGUACCUGACCUAUGGCUCGAUAUUUUCCAAAAAGUGAAAGCGCUUGGAUUCAAUACUGUUUCCUUUUAUGUCCAUUGGGCAUUACUCGAAGGAAAUCCAGGACACUACACUGCAGAUGGAGUGUUCGCCUUUGAACCUUUCUUUGCCGCGGCAAAGGAAGCGGGUAUAUAUCUUAUUGCUCGCCCAGGUCCCGUAAGUUCAUACUCUCUCGAUCUUCUGUCUCUUAUCUCUUGCUAAUAUAUGCAAAUGUAGUACAUCAACGCCGAAUCUUCCGGUGGUGGUUUCCCAGGUUGGCUUCAACGCGUAAGUGGCGUUCUACGUUCUCGAGCACCAGACUAUCUCGCAGCGACCGACAACUAUGUAGCAAACAUCGGUAGUCUAAUCGCCAAAUAUGAAAUCACAAAAGGGGGACCAGUUAUUCUAUACCAGCCUGAAAACGAAUACUCGGGAUAUUCCGGAUAUGUUCCAGGUGGAUUUCCAGAUCCAGUUUACUUCGCCUAUGUGAAGAAACAGGCGAGAGAUGCGGGCGUUACAGUCCCAUUUAUUAGUAAUGAUGCUUGUAAGUUUCCUUUUCAAGUUUAUGAGUCUUAAAAUACAAGUGCGGGAAGGAUGAACAUCGUGAUCUUGGUAAUGAGCGACGAGCUAAUGAGAAAUAGAUGCAGGAGGACAUUUCGCACCAGGUUAUGAGGUCAAUGGAUCAACAGCUGGUGAUGUUGACAUCUACGGACAUGACUCUUAUCCAUUAGGGUUUGAUUGCGCACAUCCAACUGUCUGGCCUACUGGAGAUCUACCAACGUCUUUCGCCGCAACCCAUGAGAAACAAAGUCCAAGUACUUUCUACUCUAUAAAUGAAUUCCAAGGUGGUGCAUUUGAUCCUUGGGGUGGUCUCGUGAGUUCCAAACCAUGACGGUAUCAUGUCUUCUUGGAAAUUAUUGUCGCUAAACUUUUAUAGGGAUUUGAUGCGUGUGCUCAGCUCUUGAAUGAACAAUUUCAGCGAGUCUUCUAUAAGAAUGAUUUUGCUUCGGGUGUUGCUCUUUUGAGCUUAUAUAUGAUCUGUGAGUCUUGGAUCUCAUGCAAACAAAUAUCCGAAUGCUGACAAUCUUGUAGACGGUGGAACAAAUUGGGGCAAUCUUGGCCAUUCUGGUAAGCAACAGAAUCACCUUCAUCACUAGCUAUUGCUUACAAUCUAUCUCAGGUGGUUACACUUCCUAUGAUUAUGGCUCUGCUAUCACCGAAAAUCGUGAAGUAUCCCGUGAGAAGUACAGUGAGCUAAAGCUACAGGCAAACUUCCUGAAAGUCAGCUCGGCAUACCUCACCAUCUCCGUUCAACGAGCUGCCAAUGGUACAUAUACCACAAGUAAUUCCAUUACCACAACUCCACUUCUUGGAAAUGGAACUGUUACAAACUUUUACAUUGUUCGCCAUACAAACUAUCAAACUUUAGCUUCGGCGACUUAUAAAUUGACUGUCAAUACAAGUCAAGGGGCAUUAACUAUUCCACAGUUGAAUGGAAGUCUUACUCUCAGCGGUAGAGAUUCAAAAUGGCAUGUAACGGACUAUGACAUCGGAGGAACAACACUCCUAUACUCUACAGCAGAAAUCUUCACCUGGAAGAAAUUUGAUGACAAGACUGUUUUGGUCGUUUAUGGUGGAUCAGGAGAAUUGCAUGAAUUGGCUGUGGUUACAAAAAGCUCCGCGAAAAUUGUUGAGGGUUCAGGUGUCACAACUAAGAGUACUAAUGGCUCGACGAUUCUUAACUGGCAAACAUCUACCACACGUAGAGUGGUUAAGGUUGGCAAUGUGUUUAUCUACAUUUUGGAUCGAAAUAGUGCAUACAACUAUUGGGUACCAGACUUCGUUAGAACAGAUAAAUGGGGUGCAUUGUAAGUAUUUCACCCUAUUCCUGAUUCCGAAAUCCGCUCACAUGAGAAUCAGCGCGUCAAGUAUCGAAAACACAGCUUCCGUCAUCGUAGAAGCAGGUUAUCUCGUCCGAACCGUUUCGACCCAAGGCUCUGACCUCCACAUCAACGGUGAUCUUAACGCCACCGCCCCAUUCAAAGUCAUCGGCGCACCUAAAGGAACCAAAAAUCUUUACUUCAACUCCCAAAAAGUCUCAUACAAAACUGAUUCGACUACCGGCGAACUCUCUUCAACGCUCACCUAUACAGCCCCAAAAAUUUCUCUUCCAAACCUCUCAACCCUCGGCUGGAAAUACCUCGACAAUCUCCCUGAAAUCAAAUCUACCUAUGACGACUCAGCCUGGACUCUUGCCAACAAGAAUUCAACAACCAACCUGUACCUCAAUCCCCUUCUCACUCCCACCGUCCUCAACGGUCCAGACUACGGAUACAGCACUGGUGUCUUAAUUUUCCGCGGCCAUUUCGUCGCAUCCGGCAAUGAAUCAUCCAUCUAUCUUUCCACCCAAGGUGGAGCCGCGUUCGGCUCCUCUGUCUGGCUCAACUCCACUUACAUUGGAUCCUGGACUGGAGCCGACUAUGCUGAAUCAAAUAAUGCCACUUACACGCUUCCUAAUCUAAAAGCUGGUGCUAAAUAUGUAUUCACUGUAGUGAUUGACAACAAUGGUUUAGAUGAAAACUGGACUGUGGGAGCUGAGGGAAUGAAACAGCCUAGAGGAAUCCUCAACUACGUCUUAGCAGGCAGAACAAAGGAUGCCAUUACAUGGAAAUUCACGGGAAACUUGGGAGGAGAACAAUACAUUGAUCAAGUGCGCGGUCCUCUCAAUGAGGGCGGUCUUUAUGCUGAAAGACAAGGCUUCACACAACCUAGUCCUCCUUCUUCAUCGUGGAGUUCAGGAUCUCCUGUUACGGGACUAAAGAAUGCCGGAGUGGGAUUCUUUACGAGUACCUUCAAUUUGGAUUUACCAAAGGGGUAUGAUGUACCGCUGAGUUUCAACUUUGGAAACAGUACAUCGACGAAUGGUACGAGCGAGUACAGAGCGCAGCUCUGGGUUAAUGGCUGGCAGUUUGGAAAAUACAUUAAUAAUGUGGGACCACAGAAGAGUUUCCCCGUACCACAAGGUUUGUUUUCCCUUCUCUUUUCUCUUUCUUCUUUUACACAUCACCCCUCCUUCCUUUCCUCCUUAUCCCAAACCUCCAAACCUCCAAACACCCAACUAACACACCUCCCCCUCGCAGGAAUCCUAAACUACAAUGGCAAAAACACCCUAGGCAUUGAACUAUGGGCUCAACAAUCUUCAGGCGCUGCCUUGACAGAUUUCACUUUAACUGCUGGAACACCCGUACUCACGGGUUUGAAAGCCCCUGCUUUGGUGAAGAGUCCUAGUUGGAGUAAGAGGGCGGGUGCUUAUUGAUUUAUUUAUUGAUAAAUGGAAAUGCCAUUGAGAAAAUAUGGUAAGUGGGUGGGUAUGGUUAUGAAUGAUGAUUUUGCAUGAUUUAGAUUAUUCGGUGGUGUGAUUACUGAAGAGGGGGGUGGGGGGGAAUUUUUGUAUAUAUAUACAUCAGAAUUACGAAUAUAA